AUGGAAAAUCAAGAGGAUAGUAUUUUUUAUUGCUCUGAACCUGUGCAGGUACAAUCAGAGUUUCCUGAAAGCUGCGAUGGAAAUGGUGGGUGCUGUAAUUCUACAAAUGAUGACUUUUUUUCUCCUAGCAAUAUAACUGAAAACUGCUUUUGCACCUCAAACGCAACAAAGUCAGGAGUCUGCCCGCUAUUCCCUGGAGACGAGCCAUUGCAACUUGCAAUUAAACAAGUAAUGAAUUGGCAUAAAAGUGAUGCUAUUAAAAACUGUAACUCGGAUAAGAGAGAAUAUAUCAGUUGUGCUCAAGAAAUGUGGGACUCGGUUAAUUAUCAAAACCUGAUAAAUUAUUUAUCAUAUGUCCAAUUUUAUCCGAUAAACUUACAGUUUAAUAAGUGCGUUAAGAGUGCUUUGACAACGAACUUAUAUGGCAAAAUGAGCAAUUAUCUUACAAGCUAUAGGUUUUCAAGCUUUAAUCCUAUUAACUAA